AUGCACAAGCGGCAGGAAUCAACCAUGUCAUCUUGGAGUUCUGAAGAGCCAAGGAAGGAAGGCUAUGAAUCAGAUGAGAGAUUCCUUCUCUGGGAGGGGAGCAAAGAGGGUUACCUGGAGGAUCAGCUAUUUCUGGAGCACUAUGCUGUCCUCUCAGACCGUAAGGACUGGAGGACUGUGAUCAGCAGACGUGCUAGGAGGAUCACAGGCUGCCGCCCUGGGGGACGCCCUGGGAGGUGGGGAGAGCCAGGGACGCCUGGUGGUCUCCUACUGUCGGUCAGAGGACCGAGUUCUGUUGUUGAAGCGAAAGCUUCCCCCUCCGCGGCCGUCCGACUCUUUUGCCUGCUUGUGGAAGACGCGGACGGGUCGCGUGUUUUUAAUAUGGGACAGACAGUGACGACCCCCCUUAGUUUGACUCUCGACCAUUGGACUGAAGUUAGAUCCAGGGCUCAUAAUUUGUCAGUUCAGGUUAAGAAGGGACCUUGGCAGACUUUCUGUGCCUCUGAAUGGCCGACAUUCGAUGUUGGAUGGCCAUCAGAGGGGACCUUUAAUUCUGAGAUUAUCCUGGCUGUUAAAGCAAUUAUUUUUCAGACUGGACCCGGCUCUCAUCCUGAUCAGGAGCCCUAUAUCCUUACGUGGCAAGAUUUGGCAGAAGAUCCUCCGCCAUGGGUUAAACCAUGGCUAAAUAAACCAAGAAAGCCAGGUCCCCGAAUCCUGGCUCUUGGAGAGAAAAACAAACACUCGGCCGAAAAAGUCGAGCCCUCUCCUCGUAUCUACCCCGAGAUCGAGGAGCCGCCGACUUGGCCGGAACCCCAACCUGUUCCCCCACCCCCUUAUCCAGCACAGGGUGCUGUGAGGGGACCCUCUGCCCCUCCUGGAGCUCCGGUGGUGGAGGGACCUGCUGCCGGGACUCGGAGCCGGAGAGGCGCCACCCCGGAGCGGACAGACGAGAUCGCGAUAUUACCGCUGCGCACCUAUGGCCCUCCCAUGCCGGGGGCCCAACUGCAGCCCCUCCAGUAUUGGCCCUUUUCUUCUGCAGAUCUCUAUAAUUGGAAAACUAACCAUCCCCCUUUCUCGGAGGAUCCCCAACGCCUCACGGGGUUGGUGGAGUCCCUUAUGUUCUCUCACCAGCCUACUUGGGAUGAUUGUCAACAGCUGCUGCAGACACUCUUCACAACCGAGGAGCGAGAGAGAAUUCUGUUAGAGGCUAGAAAAAAUGUUCCUGGGGCCGACGGGCGACCCACGCAGUUGCAAAAUGAGAUUGACAUGGGAUUUCCCUUGACUCGCCCCGGUUGGGACUACAACACGGCUGAAGCCUUUGUUCUCUAGGCUCAAGGCGCACGAGUGGGUGAGGCAACGAGCGUGGAAGCAGCUCCGGGAGGCCUACUCAGGAGAAGGAGACUUGCAAGUUCCACAUCGCUUCCAAGUGGGAGAUUCAGUCUAUGUUAGACGCCACCGUGCAGGAAACCUCGAGACUCGGUGGAAGGGCCCUUAUCUCGUACUUUUGACCACACCAACGGCUGUGAAAGUCGAAGGAAUCUCCACCUGGAUCCAUG